GAGGAUGCCCCACAUCUUUGUUGCUAUAACUACCCAGUGUUACGACCGUUACGACAGGCAGAGAUGAAGCCGUCUGCAGGCGACACACCGCGGAUCCACUACUCCUCCUGCCCGCGUAGUUUUUCCCCAACAUUAAACUACAAUUGAUGAGAAGAUUGUGAGCAUUCUGAGGUCGGGAGAAUCUGAAAAAACUAUACGUUUUAUGGAUCUAAAGUUACACAAGGAACUAUUUUACCGAUCCUCCUAGCGCGCCUGUGUGUGACCAGGACCUGGAGUGUGUCGGGGGGCUAUGGUGAGGCGAUGUGCACAGGCUGGGGUGAGGAGAGAUGCACCAGCAUCAGUGGAGGAAGACGAGGUAGAGGACUGGCUCUUCAUCCGUGGCUGUGCGUCUCUCUCCUGUUCUCGGCUCUCUGGGGCCAAGUGUCCCCCCAGUGUCCGGCCAGCUGCCAGUGCGCCUGGGACACGGCCACGGUGCAGUGCUCAGACGCCGGGCUGCGGGACAUCCCAGAGGGCAUCCCACCAGAAACGGUCUCCCUCCACCUGGAACGCAACUACAUCCGGAGCAUCCCAGAGACCGCCUUCAGGGACCUGCUCCACCUGCGGGACCUGCACCUGUCCCACAACCGAAUCGACUCGCUGGCCUCAGGGGCCCUGCGGCACCUGGGCCCCGAGCUGCGCCUGCUGGACCUCUCUCACAACCAGCUGAGGCAGGCCAGCAGGGAGGAGUUUGGCUCCACCCGGGCAAAGACGCGCCUCUUCCACAACCCCUGGCACUGUGACUGCACCCUCCAGGAGCUGAUGGAGACCCUGAACCUGGAGCCCGAGACGGUCAACGGGAUCAUGUGUGAGAGCUCUGUGCGGGGGAUGGGUGAGGGAAGCAGGUGGGAGGACCCGGGGUCCCAGGGCGAGCAUGCAGGUCAAUCCCUGGUCAAACUGUUGGAUUCUGGGGUGAAUUUCUGCAGUCUGCAGAGGAAAACCACUGAUGUAGCCAUGCUGGUGACAAUGUUCGUUUGGUUCUUCAUGGUCAUCGUGUAUGUAGUGUACUAUGUGAGGCAGAACCAAGCUGAAGCCCGUAGGCAUUUAGAGUACCUGAAGAGUUUGCCCAGCCCACGCAAGACCCCCACAGAGACAGACACACUUAGCACUGGUUUCUGAACUCAUGCUCACUACUGUGAUUUAAAUGGAAUAAUAUGAACAUGGCAUUCUUAUGGAGAGCAACGGAUAAGCUUCAAAAUGCUGUGUGCGAUUGUAAUAUUUCUUUAUAUGUGUUACAACUGAGCCCUCCUACUAUAUGCUUCUGGAUAUUUCUUUACAUGUUGCAUUUGUAUCAAUGAAAUGAAAAUAUUUGCUCUUUUGACUAGCAUGGGCACUGAGAGAAAUAAGUAGCAAAAGUUGAAAGGAUGAAAAAAGACUAGAAAAAAAAAAGAUUCUUUGAACUUCUUCUCUCCCUCUGUACUCCUUCUUUCCAUCUCCUUUCUGCUCCCAACAUGGCAUGUGGUCUUUUAUCUUUCAUUAGGCUGUAAUUAGCAGUCUUUGACCAACUGACCCUUACUGAACACUUAAAAGCCACUAAUCAGCAGGAGUGUGUUUAUCAGGUGGAAAAGGAGAGACGUACAAACUUAAAUGUGUGUCCUCAUCUAAUUGCCUGUUUCAUUUGUGCGUUUUCGUUCUCAUGUGGAGUUUUGUGCAUUGUAACGGGUCAUUUAAAAAAAGUUAUUUCUGCGAGGAUGCUAUUUAAGCCUUUCCCAAUAGAUGUCACGAUGAAGCCAGUGGUUUCUGUGCCAGUGGAUAACUGCUGAUCUAAAUGUACUCUCCCAUUAGAGCUGAGGGUGCACUGUUGUGUCUCCCCGAGCUGCAGCCAUCGGCUCUAAAAUAUCUGGCCAGCUAACACAGCUUGCCACUGAUCGGUCCAAAGACAUUUCAGCCCGAUUUAGAAAUAGAUUGUCAUACAUUAGAUUAGUGAGGCAGUUUGUCCUGCGAGAAGCCCUUAGUUUUUCUUUAAUUAAUCUCUUGAGUACUGCUUUUCAGUCCUUCUCUCCACUGAUUGUUGUUUACAAAUCGUUCAGGCUCCUAUUUUCCACAAAGGCUUCAUCAUAAUUGAUUAUUUUUCAAGCCACAGAAAAACAAAAACAAAACCCUUUAAUAAUAAAUGGAAUAGCCUUCUCAGUUAGUACAUUUAACACCUGCAAUAUUAAAAUGUAUGCAAUUCCUGAUGUGUAAGUGUUGUUUUGUAAAUAUAUGAUAAGCGGUCUUUUUCAACACAAAUAGAGUCAAAUGACUCUUAGUCUGGACCAAAAGAGCCCCCAAAACAAUUCCAGGGUCAAUUCUGAGGAGCUGCAACAUUAUUAGCAGGAUAUUAAAGCAGAAAAAAGGUAUUUCUAACCCACACACUAUGUACACAUUUUUUCUGAAAUGUUUCAAAUCUAUGGCUAAGUAAAGGUUUUUCUAUACUUGAUUUGCUAUUUAUAUUAAAACAAGGGAUACGUGCCUAAGUAAAGCAUCACAUAAUUAUCAAUGAUGUGUCUUUGAUCAUUCACGGAUUAAAGUGUAGUUACAACCUUUUAAGUGUUUAUAGAUGUAAUAAAGAUAACUGUGCCCCAUAUUAUUUAGCAAUUGGGAUAGGAGCUGAGGCUAAACCUUAGUAUGAGACAACUUCCUGUGUACUGUAACGUGCUACAUGUGGUGUGUGUGCUUUGUAACCAACAGAGAAUACUGGAAGAAGUUAAUGUUGUUGAUUAAACAUACUGUGAAUUAGAUCUAGUAUCAGUUUAACUUAAUUAACACUGAUUUGUUCAGUGUGGAUAAACUUCUGAAGCACUGUUAAUGUAACUUUACGCACUCAGAAUAUCUCCUGAGUGCUUUGUGCCUGUCACAAAUGCUACAUCUAAUGUUCAUAUGUCAAAUGUCACUUUGCCCAAAUGCAUUACUUAUUUUUUUAAGCUCAUAAAUAGUACAAAGAUACUGAUAACCCCAAACUCAAGAACCAAGCAUGUCAACGUGCAUUUUUUUUCUGUAUUGUAUUUUUUAUUUAUUGCCGAUGUUUUUCUGUCCCAGUGAAUGUUCACUCCUGUUUGUUUUGAUCUCGUAAAGUUAGAUAUUGACAACCAUUACAUUGCAUAAUAAAUCAUCUAUCAAAAAGCGAUUUUAGGAAAAAACAACAAAAGAUAUACAAACAAUAAAAGAAACGUUGCUCUACUUUGUUCAUAGGAAUGCUUCUACCUUUUAUUGCUACAGUAGGUUGAAACAAAGGCAAGAGGAUGAAGAAAAGUACAGAAAGACAUGAUCAAUUCACAGAAUGAGCUGAUCAUGGGUUGCAGUGUUUCCUAUUUCUACUCUACCAUGUGUGAAAAGUCAUUGAAAGACUAUUUGACAUUGAGACAUGAUAUGAACUUUCACCACUUCCACCUUUUUCACAAAUCAGUCAACAAAAUCACUGCUUUCACUCCUUUUCUUGAGAUCUGAGGUGUUUCUCCCCCUGGAAAUGUAUCAGGGCAUCACCACCACUACACCCAGUGGCAGCAGGUCACUUUGAAAUGUUUACGGAAUUUUCUUUGGAAAGAGUCAAAACGCUGCCCCCGAUAUUUCAAGGACCAUAACAUGAUAUAAAUACAAAGCAACUUCAGCCUG